UUGUGUGUCAGCUGAUCCACUUGGACUGGCGAGGAAGAGAAUUAGCAGCAGGAAAACACACCAGUGCUGGCUACGUUCAACCAUGGCCGCGGAGAUUCAUUCGAGGCCUCAGAGCGCCAGGCCGGUUCUUCUGAACAAAAUCGAGGGACACUCAGACGCUGUCACGGCUGCUGUUUUAAUCGCAAAGGAGGACGGAGUGAUCACAGUCAGCGAAGACAGAACCAUCCGAGUGUGGCUGAAAAGAGACAGCGGACAAUACUGGCCGAGUAUCUUCCACACAGUCUCCUCUCCCUGCUCUUGUAUGUCAUAUCACCAUGACAGCAGACGCAUCUUCAUUGGCCAAGAUAAUGGAGCUGUUGUGGAGUUUCUCAUCUCUGAAGAUUUCAACAAAAUGAGCCAUGUAAAAACAUAUCCUGCUCACCAGAAUCGCAUUUCUGAUAUGGUGUUUACCCUGGAGAGUGAGUGGUUGGUGAGCACCGGCCAUGACAAGAGUGUGAGCUGGAUGUGCACCCAGACCGGCAGCAUGCUGGGGAGACACUACUUCACGUCCUGGGCCUCCUGCCUACAAUAUGAUCAUGAGACCCAGCACGCCUUCGUUGGCGAUUACUCAGGACAGAUCACGCUGUUGAAGCUGGAGAAGCAGACCUAUUCUAUCAUUACUACACUAAAGGGCCAUGAAGGCAGCAUAGGAGCUUUGUGGUGGGACCCCAUCCAUAGGCUACUCUUCUCAGGGGCGUCCGACCACAGCGUCAUCAUGUGGGACAUAGGGGGACGCAAAGGGCGCACCUUACUGUUGCAUGGACACCAUGAGCGUGUCCAGGCUCUGUGCUACAUGCAGCUGACCAGGCAGUUGAUGUCGUGCUCAGCUGACGGAGGUAUCGCCGUGUGGAACAUGGACACAGCCAGAGAAGAGGCACCUCAGUGGUUGGAAAGCGACUCUUGUCAGAAGUGUGAGCAGCCUUUCUUUUGGAAUGUCAAGCAGAUGUGGGACACCAAGACAUUGGGACUCAGACAGCACCACUGCAGGAAGUGUGGCAAAGCUGUGUGUGGGAAAUGUAGUUCUAAACGCUCCACAUAUCCAAUCAUGGGCUUUGAGUUCCCAGUGCGGGUGUGCGACGCCUGUUUUGACUCCAUCAAGGAAGAAGAUCGAACUCCGUUGGCCACAUUCCAUGAGGGGAAACACAACAUUGCUCGCAUGCACAUGGACCCAUCCAGAGGCCUGAUGGUCACCUGUGGAAGUGACCGCAUUGUGAAGAUCUGGGACAUGACGCAGGUGGUUGGCUGUAGCUUAGCAACAGGCUUUUCUCCUCGCUGAUUGGGUCCAGCCCCUCUUCCGGUGUCAUGGAAACCCCUCUCUCUGUACAGUGCAUCAUCGCCAUCAUGCCUGGACUCUCCAGCUCCUGGGGGACGUUCGUGUGUGUGCGUGUUCGUGUGUGCGUGCGUGCGUGUCUGUUUGUGCGUGCGUGCGUGUGUGUGUGUGUGUGUGUGUGUGUGUGUGUGUGUGUGUGUGUGUGUGUGUAUGCUAGUAACGUAUGUCUUGGCAGUCCCUUUUUCAUUUGGAAUGAUCUUUUCAUUUUCGCACUACAUGAAUGUGUGAUCUCUUCCUUAGCACACACACACACACACGCACGCACACACACACACACACACACACACCACAGCACUAAGCACAACAGUUAGUGUAAACGUGUGCAUGUACUCUAAUGUCUCCUCCUGUGGGACGAGUGUUGAUAUUAGUGUUUACAUUUAAUACUUCUGAUACUUUUUUGUGGCUUUUUUAAGUAUCGGUACUGUAAUGUUGACAAAUUCCAGACCCGCCAUGGCGUACUUCUGUUGCAUCUGUGUAGAAAAGACCACAUGUAGUCAAAAGUAGACCUUCUGAUCACACGUUAUUUCCCACUUUAGAUGAUUUUGUGUCUCUUUUUCACCAGUUGGCCUUAAACCGCACUCAGGAGGUUUUACAUCAAUGGAUUAUCACCCUCCCUUUUUUUGGUUGUUGUUACCAUGGCCACCUUGUCACGUGUAAAUCCAUCAUAUUGUGAGUAUUUAAAGCGGUGCUAAUGCUGACUCCGCGUCCCCCUCCAUAAUCGGGAGUGCGUUGCUAUAGAAACAGGUCAUCUUUGCAAAGUCUCCUAUGCUUUUUUUUUUUUUUGCAGCAUCAUUAAGCACUUGCUAAGGUGUAGAAAUGUAGUAAAGGUCUCACUGCCCUGUUUGUGUGCUGGCCUUGUGAGUGUAUAACAUGCAUUAUUCCAUGAGGUAUCAUUCCUUUUAUCAUAAAGCACUUGGUUCACAUGAAGUGUUGACUUCCCA